GGUUAAAGGCCCCCAAAAUAUGCAUAUAUGAAAAGGUCAAAAAGUGACUGUCACUGACAGGGAGUCUAAACUAGAGAAGGAAACGGGACCAAACUGGCGGACUCGGUGAAAGCGCAGCCGGCAGCGUCCCGGACCAGGAGUUACAGCUUCCUGAAAACUUUUGUUCCUAUGCAUAAAGAUGUCUUUGAUGGACUUGGGGAAGAGGUUGCUAGAAGCAGCAAGAAAAGGCCAAGAUGAUGAAGUGAGAACAUUGAUGGCAAAUGGUGCCCCAUUCACCACAGACUGGCUUGGAACAUCACCCCUCCACCUUGCAGCGCAGUAUGGCCAUUAUUCCACAGCAGAAGUGCUCCUCCGAGCAGGCGUUAGCAGGGAUGCCCGGACCAAAGUGGACAGGACCCCCUUGCACAUGGCUGCAGCUGAUGGACAUGCACACAUCGUGGAACUCCUCGUUAGGAAUGGUGCAGAUGUGAAUGCCAAGGACAUGCUGAAGAUGACAGCUCUGCAUUGGGCCACAGAGCACCACCAUCGAGAUGUUGUAGAGCUACUUAUCAAAUAUGGAGCUGAUGUCCAUGCUUUCAGCAAGUUUGAUAAAUCUGCCUUUGACAUAGCCCUGGAGAAAAACAAUGCUGAGAUUCUGGUCAUCCUUCAGGAGGCAAUGCAGAACCAGGUGCAUGCUAAUCCCAAGAGAGCCAACCCUGUGACUGUGACCCCCCCAUUCAUCUUCGCAUCAGAAGUUGUCAACCUUGCUAGCCUUGUUUCUUCAGCCAACACCAAAACAACCUCAGGUACCCCUCAUGCUUCCUCAGCAGUACACUUCUCAAAUUCUACCACCUCAGUGCUGGCUACCCUUGCAGCUCUUGCUGAGGCAUCAGUCCCCCUCUCCAACUCACACAGAGCCACAGUUAAUUCAGAGGAAAUCAUAGAAGGAAAUUUUGUUGACUCAUCAGUCCAGCAAGUGGUGGGGAGUGGAGGCCAGAGGGUCAUCACCAUAGUGACUGAUGGAGUCCCUCUGGGUAAUAUCCAAACUGCAAUCCCUACUGGAGGCAUUGGUCAGCCAUUUAUUGUAACUAUGCAAGAUGGACAGCAAGUUCUAACUGUACCUGCUGGUCAAGUUGCAGAGGAGACUAUAAUUGAAGAAGAAGCAGAGAAGUUGCCACUGACUAAAAAACCAAGAAUAGAAGAAAUGACAAAUAGUAUGGAGGAAAGCAAGGAGGGCACUGAAAGAGAGCUAUUACAGCAGCAGCUCCAGGAGGCCAGUCGAAGAGCACAGGAAUACCAACACCAGCUCCUAAAGAAAGAGCAGGAGGCAGAACAGUACCACCUAAAGCUGGAGGCCAUGGCCCAACAACAGCCCAAAGGAGUUGAUUUCACCGUGGUUGAAGAGGUGGCUGAGGUAGAUGCUGUAGUAGUCACAGAGGAGGAGAUAGAAGAGAGAGAGAUGGAAGUGACUGAGGCAGGAGAGACCACAGAGUCUCAUACUGGAGUUGCUGUGGAAACUGUUCCAUCUUAAUGUGCAAGGGCUACAACUUGUACUGUGUCCAUCUUUUUUUCUCUUUUUAAAAGAAAAUACAGAGGACAAACAUUAUAUAAAAAUUAAGACUGUUCUUAAGAAGAAAACUAUAGCAGGGUAUUAUGGUUGGGCUCAGGAAGGCUCUCUAUGCAACUGGAAAAUUCAAAGCCAAAUUUAGGGAACACUUCUUCUGAGGAACCAAAAGAAGGACCAAAUUUCUCAGCUCACAUCAUUGCUUUAAGCAUAGGGGUUAAAGAAUGCUGAUGUUGUGGGUUGAUGGUUUUUUAAAUAACUAACUUUAUAUAAAAAGAUUUUAGGAUAACAUUCCUAAUACAGACACCCAGAGACGUUAAUAAUUGUACCAUUAAGUGACCUGAAAAUUUUCCUCAGAUAUAUGAACCUGUUAGAGAAGAAAAUUAAUUAGGAGGGGGUUAGAAGCAAACUUCUGGGAAGAGAAAGGAAUGUAUUCCACUUGCAAAGGAACAGGCACUCCCCACUAUCCUGAGUGAGUUUCAAUGAAAAGAAAUUUGUGGCUGUCUUGACUAAAUUUGCUUCCAUGUGUCCAGAGCUCUAAUGCCAGUUUGAGAAACUGACAGAAUUUUUAAAAACUGGAAGGGAAAGAAAACUUUCGUUCAUGUGGGAGAAGUGUAUGUAAACCCAAAAUCCUCCAUACUGUGUUUCCACAACAUUGGAACAUGGUCAAAAAGAGGCUUGCAGGGUUAUAAAACAAUCUGGUCUUGAAAUACAAACUUUGCUAUGGCUGAAUUUUAUAAAAUUGUAAUCAGGAGAAUAUUCUGUUAUUAGAACAACUUGCUUCCAAACAUUUAUUUAUAUAAUACCAAACUUUAAUACCAAAAUUUUGCUGAGUUUUCUAAGUGUGUCCUUUCUGUGGAGCCUACAUGGUUUACUUUUAUAUGCAAAAAAAAAAGAAGGGAGGAGAAAUGAAUGCUGAGGAUGUUGUGUAGUUCUGUGUCCAUAUGAUAUGGGAUGACUGAAUUGCCCUGUUUCCUUAAGUCAGGCCUGAGCAGAGCUUUUGUGCCUUUUAGGUGUUCAGUGUGUGUUGGCAAAGGGAGUAAGAAUUAUCAGCGCCAUAAAGUAAGGAACCAAAGAUUCUGGCCAGAUACUUCACCUCCCUUACACCCUUUCUCUCCCAUUAUUCCUGCUCCCUGUGGCUAAGCACUUGUGGAAAGUGUUUCAUUGCUGGAUUUUCUUUGCAAAACUCCAGCUUGGAGUUUUUUCAAAAAAAGGAGAAUAUGGAUAGAAAGCGGUUGUGGAUAGGUAACAUCACAGAGGUUAUCGCCUUUGAAAUUGGGUUCUCGUCAUUCUAGACUUGCUUGCUUGCUUUGUUGUAAAUUAGAAGAAGAAACCAGAGGGAGAUGUGCCAAGUAAACAUUUGAAUGACUGUUUAGAAUAUGGUUUUCUCAAUUAGCGAUCAUGGGGAAAACAUUUUUAAUUUGGAAUAAAACUUGACGGUUAACAUGGUUCUUUUUACCUUGAUUAGCGAAGUAAUUUGCUGCAGUUUUCCAGAGUUAUAGAAUCAUUUGGGACUCAAAAUAUACUGAAAACCUAACUCCCCAAACCAAAUUUAACAAGUGGAAUUGUCUAUUAGAGGCCUCUAGGUAAAAAUAUCAGUUCUUUGAAAUUAAUCUUGGCUAUCAGCCACCUUAGCUAAGUUUUCUCCAUGGACUUGAGUACUGAUGAGCAGAUGAUCAGAGAUUACUCUGGGCUGUUGGAGAUGACAGAGAAAUGCAGUGAAGGAGCCUAGGUAAGGAUGAGGGUCAAAUUAUGGUUUCUGAUGUCAAAUCAUCUUGUUUCUGUUCUGUUGUUUUUCUCUUUUUAGGUCCCUUUGUGAAUCAAGUGCUAAUGAAAAGCUGCUAUUGUGUGUUAUUUCAGAGCCUUAGCUUAACUAUGGAGGGACCAAGUGUCAUUUUAGAUGUGUUUUGCUUAUGUUCUUUGUAUGUUUUUAUAUAUCAGUUCUUAUGUAUCAAUCCUGGUUAUGUUCCUACAUACCAAUUUUAAUUUGUUUUUUUCCCCCUCUUUCCUGUUAAAUGGGUAGAGGUUAACUCUGCAGAAGAUAUCCAGGCCCAAAUACCUCACUGUCUGGGAUAGUUUCUGUUUGGGGACAUGGAGUUUCUACCCAACAUUCCCUUCUGAGCAUACAGAGUUCCUACUGUUUGGGGAACUGUUUAGAGGUUCUUAUUAUUCUCUUUCUGCAGGAGACUAUCAUUCCCACCCAAAAAAAAUAUCUAACAUAGCUCAAGUCAUUUUUGAUAAUGGGGUCUCUGAGAUAGGGAGUUAAAGGAAAGGUUAGGUUAGGGAGAGCAGAAUGGAAUUUCGGGAAAUGUUGCUGGAUCUUCUGGGUUAGGGGAUUCCAACUGGCUUAUUGGCUAGAUUGUAUUACACAGAAUCAACAGUAAGUGGUUCAGAGUUGGUAUUUUAGCAGUACCUUGAGCAAACCUGGAGCCUAGGAUGAUUGCCUAGUUUCAAAUAAAGCUGCUUUAACAAUAUCAGUAUAUCAAUAUAGGAAUUGUAGACUCUGUAUUUGUAUUUUAGUCUUAAGCUUUUGCCCCCCACCCCCCAGAAAAGAGAAAGAAAGAAAUCUUAAUAUUUCUGUCUUGUUCCUGGCUUCAGGGAAAUUACUUAUAAAUGUAUAAUUGUAAAUUUCCUUCCUAUCACUACCUCUGUGGGAUCUCUUAAUUAUACUAGAGUUGAGGUCUCUUAAUUGAAGUAUUGGGAGAACUUGGCUUUAUGUUUUCUAUAUUUUGAAUUCAGUGACUGAAAAGAUGUUAUUUUUUGUGUCAAAUCUGUGUUUUGUUUUUUGUUUUGCCUUUCCUCCAUCUUCAUCCUUACCAUUACAUUCUUAAAAUGUUUGUGUCUGCUCGAUAAUGUUAGAAAUUUAUGGCAUACAAAAUAACUUUUUUUAUAUUAAUAUAGAAGAAAUGAAUUUACCAGAGGGCUCUCCAGUUGAUUUAGGUAUUGUGUGACUAGAGCAUUUUUAAUACCCCCUUCCUGGGUGUAUAUUAGUGUGUAUGUGUGUAAAUACAUACAGAUUUUCCUUUUCUCUUUGUUUAUUUGAGGUUCAACUUUAAAAGUACCUAGUGUAACCUGGAAAUAUUUUUAUUUUAUUAAACACAUUAGAGAGGAUUUAUUUGGAUUCACUAAAGGAGCUAAGGAAGAAAAGGCAUCAUUUGGCCCUUUUCUGAGAGGUGUGCUCUAAUAGGCAAUAAUGAGAAACCUGAGGAGUGAGGCCCCAGGGAGAACCAGUACCUGGCAUUACAGAGAUUUGUUAAGCACACAGUAUGAUGACACCAUGUAAGCUGAAAGGUUAGAGCAGUGGUGGAUAGAGAUGCAGCUGCCCUUCCAUAGAGCAAGCCUCCUUCCACUCCUAUGGCAGCUAUUUUGACUGGCACUUGUAAAAUUUCUUACACCUCUGAACAAGAAAUCAACUCUAGAUAAAGGGCCAUCAUAAAGGAGCAGACAUUCUAUGCAUCUACUUUCUCAGUUUAUAAAUCUCAUACUUUUGAGAAAUUAUCAUUUUUAGAAAGUUUGUGUGGCACUCUCCUAACUCACAACAUUAUGGACCUCCAGAGCUAGAAGAUUUGAGACAUAUAGUGAACUCUUCCCAUAAGUUUAAUAUUGAGAAAUUUAAUACCAGUUUUUGUCCAAAUUUAUUGGAGAAUGGCCUCUAUUCUCUAUUCCUUGUGCAGACAUUUCUGUAUGCCCAAUAAAGGAGCUUUAGAAUGGAAUACAUGUCAAGACCACCUAUAUUCUGCUCUAGGCUCUUAUAUCUGUUUCCAUUUUAUGUGAUGAAUAUUUUUCCCUUCUGAGUUAGCACUCUAUUUCCUAUGCCAAUAUAUUUAACAAGAGACUAGGAGCAAGAAGGAUGUUAAUGGUAACUCAAAUUAAGCAGCUUUGAGCCUCUGCUGCUGACCUUUUUUUUUUUUUUUGCCUUUUUGCCUCUCUGGAACUAGGGGUUAGGGUGACCUUCCUUGACUUUACAGUAGCAUUUGGCUUGUUAAUGGCAGGAAACGGUGAUUCCUUCUCUCUCUCCUCCCCUUUCCUCUCUAACUUACUUCUGCUUCUGUGACCCCAUUGUUCUUAUCUCAUUGCAUCUUUGCCAGGCAUUAAGAGAUUUAAUUAGUAGGUCAUUUCUGAUAUAUGGGCCCUCUUUUUCCUCUUUCCACUCUCCUCCUUCCCUACUAUAUAUUUUCUAUUUAUUCUGAAGUGUUUUGUUUCUGAGAAUCAGUCUAUGUCUCACCCUAUAUCCUGUGCUUCCUAGUUGGUUUCAGGCAUCUCGCUCUAUCAGCAAUAAUGAUAGCAGCUCCCUUCUCUGGCUUUGCCCUGUGGACCGUCCUUAUGCUAAGGCCAUUUGUGUUGGUGGGGGAGAGAAUGUGAAAGGGUGAGGCACCUAGAUUCUUCUAAGAAUGUCCUCAGUUUUUCAGGUUGCUUGACAGCUUUACAUUCAGUGUGUUUUAGGAAAACUUAAAUACACUUCUCUUUUUUAUUUGGAUUUUAAUAAAACAGGAUUUGGUUCUGAUGAGCGAAUUUGUGUGUAUGUGUGUGUGGGUGAGCAUUUGUAUGUGUAUCCACAUAUACAGAUCUUUAUAUAAAAUUUUUGUACUAUCAUUUAAGAUAAAGAUGUUUCUUAAUAAAAUGUCAAAGUCUUAACA